AUGUCCCAGACACGCACGAUAAAAGAUUACUUCAAGCGUCCGGCCUUUGUGCAAAACGCCAAGUGCAUCCAACCCUCCUCCCCACUCAGUGAUCCGCCCUCCGACCUUUUCGCGUCAUCUCAACAGCUACCGGAUCCUCAGGGUGAGCCUCAGCUAAAAGACACUUUAGCUCGCUCUUCAGACGAUGUCAGGCCUAAUUACUCAGCGCAGCCAAGUCAUGGCAGUAACACCACCUUUCGUCGGAGCUCCUCCCUCGGGGGAAGCUUCAACUCGUCCCAGCGCAUCGUGAAGAAUGGCCAAGAAGUAGUCAUUGACUCCGAUGCGGAGAGUUUCGACUCGAGUGAAUCCUUGGAGACGGCUGACGACCUUCUAAGCAAAUUCUUAGACUUUCCAUCGAAGAAGCGAGAUACAGAGCCACGUUCUAGCAGCCUAGGUCCUUCUUCAAAGCCGGGAAAUCGAAAAAAUCAAAAUCCACGAAAUGUUCGAGCAAUGUCGGAACUUCAGGGACAGAAAUACAAAUUUAGCAUGGAAUCGUUGGUGACAAGUGCUGUGGAUGACGACGAAGCUGAGGCUAGUGUAGCAAAAGCCAAAGCUUUGCUCCAAGGCCAUGACAUGGCCACAUCGACGUUAUCCGAGGUCGCCGUCCCCAAUCUCCGCGAAGAUAUCCUGGCAUCUGCAUUAUCCACAAAUAAUCAGGAAUCUGAUUUCCAGAGACUGUUGAAUGCUGUCAAACGAACGGAGGCUUUUGAACAAGAAAAGUCGUGGUCUUUUUUUGGGGAUCACUUGACUCUGGAGGGGCCCGAAUUUCCAAGAGAUUCUGUUGAUCCUUCAUCCGGAGAGUCAUUCCUACGAGUGCCAUCGGAACCCCGCGAUGAGCUGAGUCUACGAGUUGACACCAAGGAAUACACGCUGCAUAUCUUAUUUAGGUUGGCUUUGGACACGGCUGUCUCAUAUAGCAACCUGGUUAUCGCAACUUUAGAGUCCACAAUAAAUUCUCUGCUGCAAAGCAUACCACAAGAAAAGUUUGAACAGAUUAUGCAACCAUUAAGCAGGUCUGUCUUCAAGGCUGUCAAUGACACAGUAUUUCAGAGUCGGUUACUGGGACAUAUUCUGCCCACAGUUCCCGAGAUUGCACUCUUUCGAUGCCGGUUAGCAAUGGCUUUUUUGUCUAACGACGAAUCUCAAGUUGGGAAACCUAGCGAAGAAAUACUCAGCUUGAGACGAGUAAUCGCUCGUCUAAAAGCCAGACGCUUGGAUAUCAAGCUUCAUAAGAGUAAACUGGCGAGUGAUUACGACUAUAACGAACUCAAAGCCAUCACCUCUCUUUUACAUAUCGUCAUUGACACUGGUCGGGCGACACUCGAGUUUCCGGAUAAGGAAAGCGAACGUCAGUUUAAUGCAGAUGUCGAUGCGCUUGCAGAACAAGUGAAACGAAUAUUUAGCGCUAUCGAGGAUUCUGGAGCAUCCCAUUUGAAAAGAACGGAGGCUAAGCAAGGUCUUGAAGCUCUCCGUUAUCGCAUCAUAUACUCUGUUCGUUCAAGGCAACGAAUAAAGUCACUUUUUGGGCACGAUAACGGCAACGAAGGCUCGCCCGCAAUGAUGAAAACCUGGUUUAACAAAGGAAGGGAGCAAAAAAGGAUCAAGACAGAGAGUCCGGGCGCUUGA